AGUUACUGUACGGCAGAAAAAAAAAAGUCAAAAAAAUACAAGCAGACAGGAGUCUAUCGGGGAUAGAUUCACAACAUUGCGGGAGAUCUAUUGAUCAUAUUUAUUUAUUAUUCAUAUCCUCUUCUUUGCCAAUUCACACUCUGGUUCCUUUCCCAGGAAAGCCUUGACGUCUAAUGAAAGACAAGAUGCCGAUUACGGUGGACUCGGCGAAGUCCAUCUCGAAGAAGAGAAAGCGAAAGCACGGUGGAAAUGCGCGAACCGGUCCCGAGAACAAUGGCGAUGUCGCAGAUUCAGUCGCAAAAAAUGGAACGGAGUCUGUCGGGUCCUCGCUACCGGCGACUGAUCUGAACAAGAAGGACUCUGCUGUCUCUAUCCAGAAGAAAGCGAAGGCGGAGAAGUCAUCUAAGAAACGGAAGGUGGAACACUCUAGCAGCGAGGAGGAAGAGGAAGAAGCAGAAAAGGACGUUUCAGAUGUCUCCGACCGUGAUGAGGAGGAUGAGAAUGAGGCUGAUAGUGAUGAGGGUGAAACACAUGCGAAUGAACAUACGCAAGAAACGACAACACCACAGGCCGCAGAUCUUCCCUCGUUGGAUUCAGUGCGCCUCCCACAGACGGAUAAUGAACCUCAUAAGUUCACAGAAUUGAAUCUUUCGGAGAAGACCAUGAAAGGUAUCCAGGAUAUGGGCUUCGAGACCAUGACUGAGAUCCAGCGACGUGCAAUCCCUCCAUUGCUUGCUGGACGGGAUGUGCUGGGUGCGGCCAAGACUGGAUCCGGAAAGACUUUGUCAUUUUUGAUACCCGCGGUUGAAAUGCUUAGUGCGCUGCGGUUCAAACCGAGAAAUGGUACCGGUGUCAUCGUUGUCUCCCCUACACGAGAACUUGCCUUGCAGAUUUUCGGUGUUGCCCGAGAGAUUAUGGCCCAUCACUCUCAGACAUACGGCAUAGUCAUCGGAGGAGCAAACCGACGAGCAGAGGCGGAGAAACUUUCCAAGGGUGUCAACCUCCUUAUUGCGACUCCGGGACGUCUACUUGACCAUCUGCAGAACACGCAAGGCUUUGUGUUCAAAAAUCUGAAGACGCUUGUCAUUGACGAGGCGGACCGAAUUCUCGAAGUUGGUUUUGAGGACGAGAUGCGCCAGAUUGUGAAAAUCUUGCCUGCUGAGGAGAGACAGACGAUGCUGUUCUCCGCCACCCAGACCACCAAAGUCGAAGACUUGGCACGGAUAUCCCUACGUCCAGGUCCACUAUAUAUCAACGUAGACCAUACAAAGGAGCACAGCACUGUGGAGGGUUUGGAACAGGGUUACGUGAUCUGCGAGGCGGACAAGCGAUUCUUGCUACUUUUCUCCUUCCUGAAGCGCAACCUGAAGAAGAAGAUUAUUGUCUUCUUUUCGAGCUGCAACUGCGUCAAAUAUCAUGCGGAACUACUCAACUAUAUUGAUCUACCGGUGCUUGACCUGCACGGUAAGCAGAAGCAACAGAAACGGACAAAUACUUUCUUCGAGUUCUGCAACGCGAAGCAAGGGACAUUAAUCUGUACCGAUGUUGCUGCUAGAGGUCUAGAUAUUCCUGCUGUGGACUGGAUCAUCCAGUUUGACCCUCCAGAUGACCCCCGUGACUACAUCCACCGAGUUGGCCGGACGGCGCGUGGUGCCAAUAGCAAGGGCCGCAGCUUGAUGUUCUUGCAGCCGUCGGAGGUAGGAUUCCUGAAACACUUGAAAGAGGCGCGAGUCCCUGUGGUCGAAUUCGAGUUUCCUGCGAGCAAGAUCGUCAACGUCCAAUCUCAGCUCGAGAAGCUUAUUGGCCAGAACUACUAUCUGAACAAGUCCGCUAAAGACGGCUACCGUUCAUACCUUCAGGCAUACGCCUCACAUUCCCUCCGCUCAGUCUUCGACGUACACAAACUCGAUCUAGUCAAAGUUGCCAAGGGCUUUGGUUUCUCGACUCCUCCACGCAUCGAUAUCCAGCUUGGCGCGAGCCUUAGCCGUGACAAGAAACAGCAACAAGCUCGGCGGAGCUACGGUAGCCAACCGAAGACGAAGGGGCUGAAGUUCAAGCGGAAGCAUGACGAUGAAUAGGGUGUAGAUAUGUGUAAAGGGAUAUAGAAAAAAAGAAAGAAAGAAAUACAGGGUAAUACUUUUUUCUUCCCCGUCAACUGUCAUUUGCGCGCGUUUUACCCUUUUGUUGUCUGGGAUUUUUUGGAGUUUUCCCAUUUCCCCUCACCCUGCAGAAUACUGUACAUCAUAGCACCUGUUUAUCUAUAAGAAGCUAGCAUGCACACGAGUAUUACAUACUAGGGGAUUUCUCUACCAUUAAAAGGCAAGCCAGGCUCUCGAGUAAAUAAUUCUGUAUCUACUUUGCUAUGAAGUUUCCCAUCACGUGAUUAUAGGGCUACAAGCAAGUUAGGGCUAGGUCCACCUAGGCAACAUCCUGGUCCUUAUGGAUUGACGUUGGGAGUCUACAUAGGUCAUCAGCAGAAUACAAGUACAAU